AUGGCUAUUAAGUUGUUAAAGUACAGAUUAACUGGUGCUAACGUCUUCUACGAAUUUCCUACAGACAACUUAGCAAACACUCCUUGGCCAGCUAGUCCACUGAAGUCUGAGUUCAGCAGCUCCCCAUACACUCCUCUUUCAUCCCAGCUUGAGUGUGAUAAUUUGUCUGCUCUCAGCAAUACUCCAGAUAAUCAGAGCUCCACAGAAACCAUUUCAGCACAACCAAUAUCACCACUGGAAGUAGACAGCUCAUACAGACAAGCAGCUAUCCUUCGGGAGAACACCCAAGUGAGACCUGAUCCAUUGUACAUAACAUCAAGGCAUAAUAUGCAACACGCUUUACGGGAAAUAGAGACUGUUCUGAUGGCACCUGAUGCUGAGGAUGCAGCCACUAGCACCAAGCAUGAAUUUGAGGAACAUAAACCUGCUCAGCUGAUGAGGCAGCGGUCGAGGACAUGGAGUCAUGAAUCAAGGCAGCCAUCACCAGGAGUUGUGCGGCCACAAUUUGCAUCUGGAUACCCCACAGCAAGCUAUGAAUUCCGCCCAGAGAAACGGCUAAGGGAGUUAAGGGAGGAUCCGCAGAGCAUGGUGAAGCAGCUAUUAACCAAGUGUGCUGAAGCAUCAAGUGAGGAGAGGAUAGAUGAGUUCCUAAACCUUGUUCAGCAAGCUCGUGGAGUUGUAUCAAUUACUGGAGAGCCAAUCCAGCGGUUAGGUGCUUACCUUCUUGAGGGUUUGGUUGCUAGACAUGCAAACUCAGGUACAAACAUAUAUCGUGCUCUGAAGUGCCGUGAACCAGAGAGUAAUGAACUCUUGUCUUACAUGAAGAUUUUAUAUAAUAUCUGUCCGUACUUCAAGUUUGGUUAUAUGGCUGCCAAUGGGGCAAUUGCAGAGGCAUUAAGAAAUGAGGACAAAAUCCAUAUAAUUGAUUUCCAGAUUGCUCAAGGGACACAAUGGAUAACACUGAUACAAGCGCUUCGCUGCAAGGCCUGGGAUGAUCCAGUGUCAGAGUAUGCUCGUGGUGAAGGUCUGGACCUUGUAGGGAAGAUGUUGAAAAGCAUGUCUGAAGAAUUCAAGAUACCUUUGGAGUUUACCCCUCUGCCUGGUAUUUAUGCAACUCAAGUUACAAAAGAAUUGCUCGACAUCAAGCCAGGCGAAGCACUUGCUGUCAAUUUCACUCUGCAGCUGCACCACACCCCAGAUGAGAGUGUGGACGUGAACAACCCACGGACGGGCUACUUGGAUGGUGAAAGGUCUGUCUCCAAAGCCAUGUUUGAGUCGAUCGACACGAAUCUGCCACGGGAAAACAAGGAGCGGAUCAACGUGGAGCAGCACUGCCUCGCCAAGGACAUUGUGAACAUCAUCGCCUGCGAGGGGAAGGACCGGGUGGAGAGGCACGAGCUCCUGGGUAAGUGGCGGUCAAGGCUGACCAUGGCCGGGUUCAGACCAUACCCGCUGAGCUCGUACGUGAACUCGGUGAUCAGGAAGCUCCUUGCCUGCUACUCGGACAAGUACACCCUGGAGGAAAAGGAUGGCGCGAUGCUGCUCGGCUGGAAGAACAGGAAGUUGAUAUCUGCUUCUGCGUGGCACUGA